ACUCGGUCCUUGAUCUCGACCAUAUGAUCGUUCGACCUCGUCAAACAUUCCCAUACAUAUAUACAUAUCGAUCACAAUCUUAUACACCAUAGAUCCUGGACAUACGGACACUUGCUCGCUUAGCAGGACAAGAUGACCGCUAUAAGAGAAUCCAUCCUCAGAGCCUCCCUGCCUCACCUCCGAGCCCAGUCGUUCACCCGUCAAGCGAUCCGAGCGGGCCUGGCCGAUCUACCAUCUUCGUCAUCACCUGCAUCAUCGUUGUCGUCGUUGUCACGAAGACAAGAUCCCGACUAUGUCCUUGAAAACAUCUUCGGAGAAGAAAACACAGCGGAAAAGGAACUGGUGAGACUAUGGGAGGAUGAGGGAAUCAAAAAUAUGUCGGUGGAGGGUCAAGGAGAGGCGUCUGGAUCGGCAUCGGGAUUGGGACUAAGAGAGGUUAUGGGCAGGCGGUUGAGAUAUUCCGAAGAGACCGCUGGAGAACAUGUCGUACAGGCUCACGCAAUUAUGCAAUCCCCUUCGUCAAUCUCCCCACCCUCAUUCAACUUCCCCACGCCGAUCGCAAGGAUGAUCGACCACCUCCAAUCACGCUUAACAAGAGAGCUCAGCGAAUUCGAACUGUACCGUCCUCCGGCGGCACCGUUAUCUACAGCAGGAACGGUGGCUUCCUCAUCGUUGUCCUCAUUAUCGAUGGGAGCACCAACGUCGACGAUGAGGGCGAUGGUAGCCGAGUCAGCAUUAAACGCAGCCGUUAAAGCAUCUUCAAUAGCGACCUCAGCAGCAGCGGGAUUAUCGGCCGUCUCCUCAAAACUCUCUUCCUCAGCCUCAUCUCCAUCCACAUCCCCCUCACCACCAAACUCAAACUCAAACUCAACGUCGACAUCAACCUCGACCGGGAACUCGCCGUUGCCUUCGGCACACCACCUCCCCCUCCCACUCCCUCCUAACCCAUUAAGAUCCUUCAUGUACGCAUGGAACAUCGCCGACGAGGCUCUUCAUCUUGCCCAACCUGCUUCUUACCGGGCUCUCAACGACAACGACAACACCAGAUCGACGUCUUCGACGGAAGAGGUCGAGCGAAGGAGAAGUCAAGCUACACUGCAGGCUACUGGGCAAUGGCAAGCAACAGGAAGAGAAGGCGGUAAAGAUGAUGUUUUGAGGAUGGGUGAAGGGCAAGGGUGGGAGUGGUACGUCCGACGAGGGGUUCUAGCGGGGAUUUAUUUAAGAGCCGAAUCGAUCCUGAUGCAACCGCGUGCUCUUCUCGGAACUGCCGACCAACCACUAGCCCGUGCAACGGAAAGGCUAGACGAGCUCUUGGAGAACAACUACGAACUCGCCGUCAGACGGCUUACGCUUCGCGGCCCCUUGUUCGGAAGACCUGGUGACACUUCAAACCUCGGAGCGGGCGGGAAUGGGGAAGAAGGACGGGUAUUGAAAGACCUAGCGGGGUUCGGGAUGUUUGUGUAUAAAUCGUGGGGUGGGUUAUUUAGGAGCCGGGGAUGGAUCAAGUAGCAGACAUGUCAACCUGUAUCCAAACGACGGAGGUUCGGCGCGAACGGAAGGCAGAACUGUAGGCCACUCUGUAGCGCAUUGUAGACAUGAAAGCGGAAUGAUAUAGAUUAUACCUCUUUUGUCUUCGGCACAAACGGGGAACGAGUGACGCCCUUAUGAAUAUGAGUUCCGCAUGUCACCAGGGGAGAUGAUUCUUGCGGUACACAUGGUGUUCGAUAGCUGCCGAGCUUAAUGAAAUCACUUCGAAGGAUUGAGGGAUUUGUUCGCGUUCGCUAAAGCUGUGAAGCUGGAGGAGCAUGGUACUGUAUACUUUUGACAAGCUACCUAGUUAGCGGUCAACGGUAUUGGCAACACAUGAGCACGAUAGGACCUUUAGAUAGUUGUAGCAUGC